GUCGUUUCCCCCCGGGGCAGCUCACCUCCCGCGCAUGCGCGCCACGUGCCUCGCGCUCUCGCUCGGUUUGACUCGGGAUUGCCCGGACAUUUUCGUCUCUUUGUUUUACCCAAAGUGGAUUUAACUCGGAUUGAGGUUCUCGAACGUACGGACUGCAUCUAUAUUUUGGACUUCCAUACAGUUGCAUGAUGCAGAGCUAACAUCACGGCCUCUCUUCAAAGCAAAGCUGGCAGCCAUAUCGUGGAUGCAAAGAGAUGACGACUUUAGGGAACUCUGACAUGCUGACCAGGAAGAUCAAGCUGUGGGACAUAAAUGCCCACAUCACCUGUCGACUGUGUGAAGGUUAUUUGAUUGAUGCCACAACUGUAACAGAAUGUUUACACACUUUCUGCAGGAGCUGCUUGGUGAAAUACCUGGAAGAAAACAACACAUGUCCGACAUGCCGAAUUGUGAUUCAUCAGAGCCACCCUUUACAGUACAUCGGCCAUGAUAGAACAAUGCAAGAUAUUGUCUACAAACUUGUGCCUGGACUUCAAGAAGCCGAAUUGAAAAAACAGAGAGAUUUUUAUCAGAAACUUGGAAUGGAAGUGCCUGGAGAUGUAAAAGGAGAAAUGGGUUCCGUUAAGCCACACUUAGACCCACAGCGAAAUGGUGAAACAAAACCCGAAGACACAUCAAACAAGGAGACGGCAGAGGAAAAACAAGAGGAAGACAAUGAUUACCACAGAAGCGACGAGCAGGUAAGCAUCUGCUUGGAAUGCAAUAGUAGUAAGCUGCGAGGACUGAAAAGGAAAUGGAUCCGCUGCUCGGCGCAGGCCACAGUUCUACACUUGAAGAAGUUCAUCGCCAAGAAGCUCAACUUGGCAUCUUUUAAUGAGCUGGACAUUUUAUGCAAUGAAGAAAUUCUAGGAAAGGACCACACUUUGAAAUUCGUAGUUGUGACAAGAUGGAGAUUCAAGAAAUCUCCACUCCUGCUUCAUUACAGACCUAAAAUGGACUUGCUGUAGGACAGAGCGGUUGUUCUUUUGGCCCCAGGACUGUGCAACAUUUAUACUUAUGCAGAGACUAUCAUUGAGCACAUGGUGCACCUCUCAAACAAAAAAAAAAAAAAUAAAAGGUCACGUGACGAUGCAAACCAGCAACUCAUGCACAGGAACUGCCAGUACUCUUAAUUAGAGGGGAAGAAAAGACAAGCAACUAUAUUUUGUCCUCUUUGUUCUAUAGAUAUGUGAAAAUUCAAGAGAAGCAAAGCAUAUAUUUAUACUUUUGUACAGAAGAGAGAAUGGAAAUGGCGCCGAGACACUAAUGGUACUGAGUUUACAGGAGAAGAACACUUAACAGUUUUGUAUUUUUGGACAUCACAUCUUCAUUUCCAGCCAGGCAUUAUUAUUAUUAUU